AUGGCGAUACCUGCUUCUGUAAGAUUGGCUUUCACGGCUCUUGCCGUUGUUCUUCCCGCACUGGUCAUAAGCCACAGGCUCUUGGCACGAAAUCACAGACCCCAGUCGAUCAAACGCACAGAGGAACGGGUACUAGUUCUUGGUGCUUCUAGCGGUGUUGGGAGAGCCUUGGCCAGGAAAUAUGCAGAUCAGGCUGCCAGAGUCUGCAUCGUGGCGAGACGUGAAGCAGACCUAGCUGUGCUCGCCGAGGAAUGUGGAGAAAACUGCAUCUGGGAAGCAGCCGACUUCAGCAAUGUCGACGAUAUGGUGCGCGUCAGAGAACGGUUGCUGGCUGAGUGGGGCGGGCUGGACACCCUCCAGAUUUGUGCGGGAGUCUCAGCCCUUCAGCCUGUCAUGGCUCUCACUGGCGUCCAGUCGGCCGAGGAGGAUGCGACGAGCGACGGCAUACGGACCGCUGUGGCAAUAGGUGGCCGUGCGAUCAAAGGAAACUUUGAUGGCCCAUUCAUUUCCGCCUUGACUUUCGUGAGUAGCCCAACCCGCGCUGAGAGAUCCAUGACGCUCAUCACUACGCAGAUCCCGAUGCUGACGCGUACGUCUGCCUCGCCGUCUAUUCUACUGCUCAACUCACUCGCAAGCGUCGUUGCUGCGCCGACGCGAGCAUUGUACGCAGCAUCUAAAGCAUCGUCUCUGCUUUUGUUUCAGGCUCUGGCUAUCGAGCACUCUAAAAUCGCCUUCACAUUCAUGUUGCCCUCAACUAUAGAGGGCAACUUUCGGGCCUCGGCUGUUGACGGCGGGCCGGUGAUCGAGAAGGAUCCUAACAAGCAUGGGCUCAAGAUCGAAUAUGUCGCGAAGAAAUGCAUGGAUGCAGUCGACAGCCAAAUUACAGGCAACAUCGUGCUUCCAUGGUUUCCUAACGCCCUGGGCCCUCACGUUUACUAUCUCUGGCCGUCGGUCGUGGAGAAGAAGGCACGUAAGAAGUACAACUUCGAAUAG